ACACUUCAUCUUCUGCAGUAAAUAAGCAAGAUGUUUCACCAUCUACAUCAAAGCAGCCCCAAAAGAAUGUCUCUGAGAAUCUAAACGGAGAUAGCAAUGAGGAUUUUUUUUGUCAAGAGAAUGCUAGAAAUGCACAUCAACAACAACCUUGGAGAUCCUUGGUUGGAUGGAGAAGGAGUUGGAGUACAGAGCGGAGAUGUUUAACACACUUACACACACCUGUUUCCACAAGUGCAUCUCCGGCAAGGACUACAAAGAGGCCGAGCUUUACAUUGGCGAAAAUGCUUGCAUCGAUCGCUGUGUUUCAAAGUACUGGCAGGUAACAAACAUUAUUGGUCAGUUGCUGGCUUCCGGGCGUGCUGGAACUGGCCCUCAGUGAAAUAUAUUCUGAAAAUUGCAGAAAAUUCUUUCUUCUGUCCUUUUUUUCAUGAAGUGUUGACAUCUUUUAUGAUAAUCUGUAAAGAUGCAUACAGUUUUUUGGGGGUAAUGUUCAUUAACUCCAAAGGAGACUUCAGGCUCUUUUUGCUAGCCAUUACUGACUUUAUAAACAGAAUAGAAUGGA